AUGGAUGAUAAUGGAUUCAUUGAGAUUGAUAUUGAAUCAAAUAUCGAUUUUCCACAGAGUGGUUCAUUUUUUGCUGAAAUUGACGAAAUUCGAAAUUUGAUGGCUAAAUUAUCAGACGAUGUUGCAAGCAUGAAAAUGCAGUUUCGUUCAAUCUUGGCUCAAACUACAGUUGAUGGUGUUGAAAAGGAAAAACUUGACGACUGUAUGGCCGGAAUAAAGUAUCGUUCCGAUUUACUGCGAAAACAUUUGUUAGCUAUGAAACAAAAUGCAAAAAAAACGGAAAGUGAUGAUAAGCAAACUGUUACGAUUGGCAAACGUAUCCAACAAUAUCACAUUGAAGCGCUAUCAAACAAGCUUUCGAAUUUGCUGGAAAUAUUAAAUGCUGCGCAAUUAAAUUACAGAGCACAAGUUGCAAAACGAAUUAAGCGGCAGUUAGAAAUUGCUGGUGAACAUAUGACAGAGGAGGAAGUUAAUACAAUGAUUGAUUCCAAAUCAUCGAUAAUUUUCAACAGAAAUAUACGUUCAUCGCAAUUAAAAUCAGCUUUUGAUGAUGCCAAUUUAAGGCAUAAUGAAAUACUAAAUUUAGAAGCAAGCAUCAAAGAACUUAAUCAUUUAUACAACGAUAUGAAUUUUCUCGUGCAUACGCAGGGCGAAAGAGUAGAUCGAAUUGAUCAGAAUGCUAGUGAUGCAUUUAAUUAUGUGACAGAUGGUAGUCAACAAGCUCGGAUAGCUGUACAAUAUCAACAAGAAGUAGUGCAUAAAAAGUUAUAUUAUAGUAUUGGAUGUUUCGUAAUUAUUGGUUUCAUUCUAAUCAUUCUAAUCAUUUAUUUCUUUGUUAAGUGA